GCAGUACUAAAAAGAAGAGCUGCUGCUGAAAAUAUUUUAUUAAAAGAAAUUUACGACGAAGAGUGCUUAAGGCAUCCAAUAGCAGCUAGCUUAUAUCCAUGGCCUACAGCUGAAUCUUUAAUGCGUUUGGCCCGUAGGUCAGUAAUGCCUAGAUUGCCUGGGAACCUUCAGGAACUAGCAUCCUUAUUUGAUAAUGGGCAUCUUCAAAGAUACAAUUGUUGUGACAUUACGAUAUUUAGGAGCUGUAUUCGUGACCUUGAUGGUAAAACUAGCCUGAUAUUUGCAUGUCCAGUUUUGUCACAAAGUUUUUGUGGUACUGGAAUUGAGGAGCUUCGUGUAGACGCUACUUUUAAAGUGGUUCCAGUAAACAUGGGCUAUCAAUUAUUGAGCGUACAUGCUAUGAUACAAAAUUAUUCAAUACCAAUUAUAUUCGCACUAAUGGAAUCAAAGUCUAGGAAUUCAUAUGACAGUGUAUUUCGAUAUGUUAAAGAUAAUCUUUUAGCAAACAUUUCUCCAAGGAUUAUCAUAAGUGAUUAUGAAUCUACACUUAGAGAUGUUCUACAAUCAUAUUUCCCUGAAGCUCGAACAUCUGGUUGUUGGUUCCACCAUAAUCAAGCAGUUUUUAAAAAUAUGAAAAGUAAAGGAUACUAUAGGCUUGUAAAUACUAAUCAAUUUGCACUGCAAAGCUUAAACCUUUUAUUUGGCCUUCCACUGCUUCCAUAUCAGGAUAUAGAAAGAGCAUUUCAAUUAAUUAAAAUGUAUGCAAUCAACCAUGGAGUAGCGAUGCAUAAUUUAUUUGACUAUUAUGAGAGGUAUUGGUUGCGCCGUGUGGGAACUCAGAUAAUUUCAGUUCAUGGACUUCCUAGGCGUACAAACAAUAAUAUUGAAAGUUUCCACAAUAAAUUAAGAUUAAAAUUUUCAGUGACUCAUCCCAAUCUAUGGAUAUUUUUAAGUAAUUUGAGUAAUUUAUUUAAUAAUUACCAUGUUAUAAUGAGGCAGCUUGAAAAUAAUCUUCAACCUACUAGGAGUCUGAAGGCAAAAUAUUUAUCACAAUCCAAAAGACUUAAAAAUGCCACAAGCCAAUACGAUGCUGGGAUCAGAAGUAUGUGGCAGUUCAUGCAAUUGACUUCGUAUACCACAUCAAGAUAUAUAUCUCGACAUAUAAAUUGGAUCAAUGGGGUAGAUCCAAAUUCUGAGCCAGAAGUGGAAGCUGCUGCUGUUGUACAGCCAAUUCAGGAACCACAACUGCCAAUAGCUCCACAAGUGUCAACGUGCAUAGUAUGUUUGAAUGCAAGAGCAGCAAAUAUUCAACAGCAUAUUGUUAUUCCUUGUGGUCAUGCAUGGGUUUGCAACAAUUGCAUUACAUCCCUUCCAGCACCAACAAGAUGCCCAUUAUGUCGAAUGGAAGAAGUCACUUUUCAAAGAAUUUUCUUAAAUUAAAAUUUUCUAUUAGUUUUAAAAUAUUUAAUUGUUCAUCAAACAAAACUACACAAUAUGACAUACAAAUUAA